AAAUCGUGGAGAGUUUGUAGAAUCCGCUACAGAGCAAUGCUAUGGAGGGUUGACUAGUCCAAUUCUUUAUCAGUUGUAGAGUGAACCGCAAGCGACGAGCAUCAUAAGAGGUCGAGCAUCUAAAAAAAUAUAAGAAAUAAAUUGUUGUUUGUUUUUGUUGUUUUUUUUGUUAUAUUUUCUUAAAACGGAAUAAACUACGCAAUGUGGAUGCGAUUGAUGUGGAUCCUGUUGCUGCUGCUGUUGGGGCAGGUGCUGGGAACAGAUCAACCUUAUGAGACACUAAGAGAGCGCAUUAUGAAAGCAGAGCAAAUGGCCUCGUUGGGCGGCAAUUUAUGGCUAACAUCAGAUGAGGAGAAGGCCAACAGCAUACUGAUGAACGCCAAGCGGGCUGAGAUUGCCGAGGGCAUCAAACAUCCGGAAAAAUAUCCACCAGCGAUGCACUUUUUUCAAGGCAAACAAUAUGUGAGGCAGAGUGAAGUAUUUCGCAUUAUUCAGAAGAUGCCCAAGGGCGCUUUUUUACACGGUCACAACACAGCCAUGGUCAGCUCCAGAUGGAUAAUAACCAAUCUCACAACAACUAACAAUCUAUACACCUGUCGGGAUAUCAAUGGUCUACUCAUCUUUACCUACGAUACGGCGAGUUCCAACUGCCACAGUGAGGAGCAAAAUGUGUGCACGGAACGCAUCAAUGCCGAGGAUCGUCAUCAGUACGAGCGGCAGCUGGAGAAGCACAUCAACAUGCACAGCACAAAGCCAGAAACACUUUUGCCCAAUCGCCAGAAGAUUUGGCAACGUUUUGAGAAUAUCUUUACCACCGUGGAUCGUCUUUAUAAAUAUCAGCCAACCUACUGUGCCUACCACAAGCGUUUGCUCGAGGAGCUAUGCGAGGAUAACAUCAUCUAUGCUGAAAUACGUGCCUCCCUUUCGCCUCUUUAUGAUGACCACAAUCGCACUUAUAGCUCGCUGGAUGUGGCCAAUCAGCUGGAAAGGAUUGUUGAGGAGUUUAAGGCAAAGCAUCAGGAUUUCGUAGGUCUCAAGGUCAUCUAUGCGAAACGUAAUCUUGCCACAGAGGAGAAAAUGGCAGACAACAUACGCACCUUCAAGCAGCUGCACGCUGCCAAGCCGAACUUUAUCAUUGGCUUCGAUAUGAUUGGACAGGAGGACACGGGAAAUAUGCUGAGCAAAUAUGUCAAAGAAUUUUCCGAUUUGCCGAGCACCGCAAACUUUUUCUUCCAUGCAGGCGAGACAAAUUGGUAUGGACGCACGGACUGGAAUAUGAUGGAUGCCAUUUUGAUGAACACGAAGCGCAUUGGACAUGGCUUUGCUUUGCCCAAACAUCCUCAAUUGUGGUCCACAAUUAAGAAACGUAACAUAGCCAUCGAGGUGAAUCCGUUGUCCAAUCAGGUUUUGGGUUUAAUUUGGGACUUACGCAAUCAUCCGGCCAGCUUUCUGAUUGCUGAAAAUUUCCCCAUCAUUAUAUCUGCCGAUGAUCCCGGUAUCUGGGGUGCCAAAGGUCUCAGCUAUGAUUUCUACUACGCCUUCAUGGCCAUGGCACCAGCCGAGGCAGAUCUGCGAUUCCUCAAGCAACUGGCACUGAACUCCAUCAAGUAUUCAGUGCUGACACCCGUUGAAAGACGUAAAAUCAAUCGCGUAUUUCAGCGAAAGUGGCAAGAGUUUAUAGCAAACAUCUUAAAUCCCAAGUUCAAAUAAGUUGUUAAUAAAAUAGCUAUUUAGAGCUUAAGCUAAUACAGUAAUUGUAAUACUAAUUAAAACUUCCACAAAUUUGAAUUGUUCAGUAAUAACACUUAAAAAGCUCUAAAA